AGUCGCUUCGUUUUGUUUUAAAGAGACACACGUUUUUAUUUUGCUGAGUCGAAGCUAAUUCAUGAUAAAAAUCCGCGCGACUUCGUCAAUAUCGGAUGUUAAAACUGACGUUAGAGUUGAGACUUUCAUUUCAAUAACGUAUUGCAGAGAAGAGUUGUAUUUUUGUUGUUUUCUUAUUCCCAAGUGUGAAAUUCAUGUGAACUAGAUCUGAACCGUUCCUGUGUUAUUUACGUCAACGUAGUAUCAAUGACAAUCGAGUCACCGAUGCUGUUGAUUGGAGACGAGGCACCCAAUCUAGCUCAGGAAAUAUGAUACAUUGUCACAGAAUAUGGUGUUACCGCGGAUAAUUGCAUAGGACAAAUCGAUUCCAGCGCUAUAAACGGCGAAAAAUUUCAUGUUAGGUUCGCCCAACGGGCGAUUUGUUCGAGUAACCACCGCCAGAUAUAGUAUCGGUUUUGUGGAAUUAUCUUCGAGGCAAGGCACUGGAAUCGAAAUCCGCGCUGCGCGGGCGUUCAUAUGACGUUGUCGCACUUGUCUUGGAGCUAUUUUUGAAAUUUAUUACGCAAAUCAUGAAUGGAAACGAGCCGCGAAUUGAUAUCUAAUCAGAAGAACGUGGGGACCAUCCCAUUUUCUUAGAGUGUCACUCAAUAUGCGACAGACAAUCAUAACACUCUUUGGAAUUAGCGACAGUGGGGCGGAAAAGCCGAAUCACAAGGAUUACUAAAUAAAAUAAAGUUGGAAUUACAGCUUAACGUUGUUCUUAGUGGAUUAUAUACACAAUUCAUCGACUUACGCGUUCAAUAACACAAACACGAGCAUGCGGCACGGUUCGGUUGAGGACGUGGAAUUUCCGAUGGCAGAAGAGAUACAUGCAGACGACAGCUUUUGGGAUUACACGGGCUACAAAUCGCUCAUGGGCGUCUCAAAACGAAGCGGCGGCGGAAAAACGGCGCGCCUGGAGGAGCCACCCUCGCCGUCGGACUCCGGAGGCGCUCUUUCAAACAGCGAAGACAAUGCGGAACGGAAGAUGAAAAGUCCCAAGCGCGCGGCAAAGCGCAGAAAGGGUGUGAGCGCGCGCGAGCGAAACAUGCGGCGCAUCGAAAGCAAUGAGCGUGAGCGCCAGAGGAUGCACUCCUUAAACGACGCCUUUGAGGGUCUGCGAAACGUGAUUCCCCACAUAAACAUGGAUCGCAAGCUCUCAAAAAUCGAGACCCUCACGCUGGCGAAGAAUUAUAUCAAAGCAUUAACAAACGUGAUAUGUGACCUCCGUGGCGAGAAGGCCGUGUUCGACGACAUUUAUGAGAAUACGCCCGCUCCCGACGGCGUUACUAGUGACAACGGGAGUGCCGGAAGUGUCAUGAGCGGAAGUGAUUCGUCUGCAAAUCGGGAUUCUGACGUUGAGUCUAAUUCUGGUUCUGAAUUAUUAAACACGUCCGGGCAAGAGUAGGGAAGUCACUCAUGAUCGCUUGUCAAAAACCAUUUCGUAUGGAGAUGUACCGUUUAAACGUUCAUUUUGAAGCUUUCAAUCUGUGUUUUUAGUAUUUUCUUGGAUAUAUAUUUAUGAUUUAUUUUUAUUUAGUAUGAGUGCUUUUUUGAGGGUUCCAAUUAAACUUUUGCGGCACGGAUUACGGGAAGUAGCCAACCGCCACGUUUGCGCGAGAAUAUGAGUGCUUUUUUGAGGGUUCAAAUUAAACUUUUGAGGCGCGGAUUACGGGAAGUAGCCAACCGCCACGUUUGCGCGAGAAUAUGUGAUGGAAAAUCCAUUCCAGACGAAUGUACGUUAGAUAAUGGCUAUCGCUACAAUGAAACAGAGUUAUUCUCAAUUUUACCGUGCUGUGUUCAUCUCUGGCGAAUUAUUAUCGACAUUCAUUGGAAGUAUCCGCCAUAGGAAGAUAAUUUGAUAUGUUCAACUUUUUACAUUAUUGACUCGCCGUUCCCAGACGGAGCCGCCAUUUUCCCGUCGGAGAACACUCGAGAAACACGCAACUUAGAAAAUCUGCGCUCAGCGGCGGUGAAUUCGCUUUCGGUCGCCAGAAACACGAGAUUUGGCGCAGUGUCAAUUGUCAUUAAAAAAUGCAUUUACAAUUUAGCCGGCAUGAUAGAAAUGUCGUAUUCCUUAUUCCGGUUAUUGACUUUCAGUGUCAUUGGGCAUGCAUUGUGUUAGGAUACACGUUGACACGAGGGAGUUAUAUCCGAAGGAAAAUCGCUUCAUGCCAAGCAUAUUUCUUAAUAUUAAUCAUUGGAAAACAUAUUUGAGUCCCGUUCUGAAAAAAAACUGGGCUAAAUGCAUGUCCGCAAAGUGUCGUUCCAGAUAAGCCUCUGCAGUCCGCACGGGCUAAUCAGGGACGACACUUUCAGCCUUAAAUGGAUUUUCGUGUAAAAGAGACUUCAUUCAAACGAAAAAUACCAUAAUAGCGGAAAGUGUCGUCCCUCAUAAGCCUCUGCGGACUGCACAGGCUAAUAUGGAAGACACUUUACGCACAUGCAUUAAGCCCAGUUUUCUAAGAACGCGACUCUUUUGUACGCUAAUAGUAAGAGCAAUACACUUGGUCAAAAGAACUUUUAGCCAACCGAUUUUGUUCCCCUGUUAUACGUUGGUGGAUAAUGUUUAAUACUUUAAUAGUUAUUUCUGACUGUCUGUAAAUAGAUGAAAUAUAUUUAUUUAAGAUUAUUUUAUUUAUUAAAUACUUGUAGACUAUGAGGGCAAGGUUUUAUUGUCAAAUUUGAAUGUGAGUUGGUUGAUCUGCCUUCUUUUACAUUCUUUUACACAGAGUAGUUGGGGUUUCCUUAUAGUGCGCACAUCUUUUGUACAUGAAGAAGUUUUGACUGUAAGCAGGAAAUUAUUGGCAAUUAUAUAAAACUCUAAUAUCGGGGAUUUUAUGGUAACAUUUCCUCUGAUCUUUUAUUCUAGUUUUUUUUUAUUCAUUAAGGGUUUAACUGUAUUAAAAUAUACUACUAAAAUCGCAUUUACUCGCUUGAGAAUGUUCCCAUAUACGAAGCUGAACAUGGUAUAGUUGAUGCAGCCAAAAAAGCAAGUUAAUCGUCUUCGUUGGACAUAUCUUAAUUUUCCGAAGAAAGCCGAACACUUCCGAAUUAGGAUGAAAGGUGUUUAAUAGCUAUAGUAUACUUUGUGUAAGUGUCAUUGUGACUUUAACCCAUUUAUGCCUAGCGUCUAGAAAAAAGGCC